AUGGGGUGCUCACCAUCCAGAGGAAACAAUUUUGGGACACUUGGUCCCAUGAGGAAGGGAAGAAUGCUUCCCCAUGCACCUCAAGAAAGCCCCAGAGAUUCCCACUUUGAAGAGGGAGAGAAUCAUACUUCAACUGGAUCAACAGAUGGAGAUACAAAGGAGAAAAAGGCAGCUGGACAAAGCCAGGUAUUUCAGAAAGAGGCUCAUAUGACACCGCAAAAAAAGAGAUAUGUGUCUGACCUAGCUCCUGAGGCAGUAAACAUGGAUAAAGUUGGGAGUCAAGGAAUAGACAACAACACAACUUCACAGAGAAAGGACAAAACUGUUGACAAGCAGGAUAUAACAGAAAAAAAGCCUGGCAAAAAAACAAAGAAAAAUAGCAGAGGUAUUAAGGGUCCAAAAAAGAAAGACAAGGACAAACCAUUUACAGAACAGAAGGUGGACUUCCCAGAACCUUUGGUAAAAGCUCACCAAGCUGCUUAUGCCUUCUUGAAUCCCAGCAUAAACAAAUAUGAUGAUUUACUGGGACUUCUGGAACAGGCAACCCAAACACAGGUUUCUGUGCAAACUAUGGUUGCUUUUAUGGCUCUACGCUAUGAGGAAAUGAUUCAGGGGCUGGAAGAAAUGGCAGAUGAGGGAGAAAAAGUUUUAAAAGAAAAUGGAGAACAUCUUGCAUGGCCAAGUCAAAUGAAAAACCUCUCAUCUUCUCCACCUUUGAAGUCUGGCUGUGCUAAUAUUGAGCCCCCUCCGGAUUUGUUGCAGCAGCUGCUUCAGUACACCACACAGAGAAUGCGAAAUGUGAGCCAGACGGUUGGUGGAAUUGGGGACUCUGCUUUAGAGGAGGCAGUGGAGUACUUUGCCUCUGUCUCUGAGCUUUUAGAGGAGAAACUGAAAGUCAAACGUGCAGUAGAGACUAGGCUAAUGCAACUCUUAUCUCGCAUUGAAUUGGCCUCUCUGCGCAAGCCUGGGCCAGAGGAUUCGGCUCUCUUUAGCGAGGACAGUGGUAUUGGAGCUGAGAAUGAAUCCCUUGCUGGAUCUGAAAGACGCCAUAGACGAGAGAGUUGUGCCUCCACUGGGACACAUAGAACUACUAGUGCCAGUCCUGUGGGAUACACCUCGAUGGACAUUAGGCAAGAAAUAUCUACGCAAAAGCUUGCAAGUCAAAUAAGUCCAAGUCUUUCCCUAACUUCACUCAACUCAUUAGGUUCUGCAUGUACCAUAAUGGCUAAUUACCACAGAGACUCAUUGCUAGGAUCAGUCUCCUUAGAUUAUGGGGAGGAAGAAGACAAUGAUGACGAUGAGGAUAUGGAUAGAGACAUGGAAGAUGUGCAAGUAGGGUUUAGAAAGCGAUCACAUUCUUCACCUGUAGAUCAUGAACAACAAUACCCACGCCGCCUACCCCCAAAGCGAAUAGAGAAUCCUCAAAAUGUGGAAAUGACUCUAAGAAUGAAAAAUGCUAUAAGUGGUAGGAUACAGUUUGUCCCAUCACAGAAUGCUAGUGCCAAAACAAAGGCAGUUGGGAGCCCAAAAACCAGUAAACGCCAGUGGACAGAUGAGAAACAAUCUCCAAAAAGGCCUCAAACAACAGCACCUGUUCGGAGGGCAGUGGUAAAAAAGACCCCAGUUGCUAGAGAGCGACGCUCCCAGUCAGCAGAAUCCCUGCGGAGCAAAGGAGAGGAUCCAACUCUGCUUGAACUAGAACGGACCCAGAAGGAUUUAAACCACAGGUUGCAGAGGAUGAGUAAAAGCAAGGCAGGUGGAAACAUGAAGAUUGCUCCUUCAAAACAAAAUCAAGGAGCCUCACCGGCACAAUCUCCAGCAAUAAACCGCAAAAAUUCUUCACCUAAGAAGAACAGCAAUCCCAAACCACUUGAUGACAAAGCAGCCCUCACAAGGCACAACGGUACAAAACAGGAUGUACUCAGCAAUGUGGAAAAAGAUAAACUAAAUGACAACAAAACAUCCAAGGGUCCUAUAAAAGCCACCCCACCCCCUAGCCCUCCUUCAUCACCACGACCAUCUUCGGGCCUUUACAGAGGCAGGAACUCAGUUAAAAGACUGAUUGAUACCUUCAGUCAAGGAAUAGAAGAUCUAGAGGGUCCUAAAGUUCUGGGGCCUCUCAAAGGAGUUCGGAAGUGUGGGGUGCCUGUGUUACCUGGUUUAGGGAAUGUAGAAGCUGUCCUUAGUACUGGAGUAACCAGCUGUAGAACUGAUUCCACUGCUUCUGAGAAAACCAGUGAUUUAGAUCUGGAUAGUCUUCCUCCUCCUCCACUCGAAGUUUUAAUGGACAAUUCAUUUGAAAGUGCCCAGAGUCUUUCAACUGGUGUAGCUGAUGAAGGGGCAACAAAAAUCGGAAAAUCGCCCGUGUUAAAAAGGGCUGCUGUAUCACAACGACUCAAGGCUUCAGUUCAGUCAGUGACAGUGCUGCCAAGUAAAGGAGGCCUGCCACAAGUUUCCAAAGUUUCUACCCUUGGUAGAGCAGAUCAACAAGGUGCAUCUGCUUCACCAAAGGUAAGUCAACCAGACGUCCAAAAGGAGGCAGACCCACCUGGGUCUGAAAAGGAUUCCUUGUACCACCAAGACAGAAAAACCAUACACCUAAGACACCCUUCAGACUCACAGAAAUUGUCAACAAGUAAUGUAGUAACAAAUCCAUCAGUCAGUCAAGAGGAAUCAGCAGACAUACAAGAUGGUGGCAACCUUUCAGUGCCUGGAUCUAACACGAAAGUGUCUACAGUGCCUCCUUCUUCAGUGGUCAGGAGUCAACCAUCUGUAGCGGCACCUGUGUAUAGGGGGCGGAUGUUACCAUCCACACCCUCUACACCAAGCAGUCUACAUCGAAGACUUCCCAGUCCCCACAACUUCAAAAGACAACCUACUCCACCCUCUUCCUCUAGCCCCCCUGUUAACAGGAAACUCCCCACACCACCUGCAGUUCAAGGGAGGCUCCCCAGCCCACCUGUUGCAAAGCAGAAUAUUUUAAACUCAAAUUCACCCUCCUCCUAUCCUUUCAAAGCACCGUCUCCACCAGCUUCACCAAAGGUACAAAGAUGGUCAAGGGAGAACAGCAGUGAAGACUUAUCUAGUGCUAGGAUGAUUAGGAAUGCACGUUCAGUCUUCUGCCCUGCAUCCUCAUCCCUAUUUGAGGCUCAGCCUUGUCCAGUUCCCAGUCCCCCACAAGCAUGGACCUCUGCUGGGGUUGCUUUUCUCCCACGUGCUUUGGGGAGUCGUGGAAGGUUUCCUGUAUCUGUUCAAGGACCUCGACCCUUCAUCCGACGUAGCCAUUCAGAUCGAAGGCCAAGCCUAGGUCUGCCACCAAGAUCACCAGGCAUCUCAGUGGCUGAGACUUGUGGGAGUGAGCCAGCAAUAUGCUCACAGGGGUUGGACGAUGAACUGACCAGGGAAGAAGAAUUAUGGGAGAGCCAAUCAAACCUUAGACCUACGCUACGCUCUGCAUCACACCCUGACCUGUGUGUUGUUGGACAAGCUUUGCAGAGAGACUAA